AUAAUCUAUUAAAGGACAACCCCCAGUGACAGAAAGGUAAACAGGUCUGCACCUGCUUCGUGUUUUAACAUUCAAAACGUUUCUUAUCUGUCACAUGUUCCAGUUUUCAGAUGCAUUUUGCCGCGCGUAAAACCAUGUGAGCAACAUGUUUAGUUUAGAAAACGCGAUUCUUUGUCGAAAUUUAGUCGAGACCGUGACCUUAUACCAAAAUGGCAAACCAUGAGCGGAACAAAAAUAUUUUACUGGAAUUUAUAAAGCUGCCGGACAACAGCCGGUGCGCGGACUGCGGGGCUCCUGAUCCAGAGUGGGCUUCCUCCACGCUGGGUGUGUUUGUGUGUCUGAACUGCUCUGGCAUCCACCGCAGCCUGUCCAGCCGGGUCAAAUCCAUAAAGCUGGACUUCUGGGAUGAUAAGAUGGUAGAGUUCAUGAAGUCCAAUGGCAAUGCCAAAAACCAAGCUUUGUACGAGAAAGCUGUUCCACCAUACUACUAUCAGCCCAAGGAAAGUGACUGUGUCGUCUUAAAAGAGCAGUGGAUUCGGGCUAAAUAUGAAAGGAUGGAAUUCACAGGAGAAACCAAGUAUCCACCACUAUCUUACACCACAGGUUUCUAUGAAGGGAUGCUUUGGAAGAAAGGGAAAGGGAACACACAGUUUCUGAAGAGGAAGUUCGUACUGUCAGAGAGAGAAUUUACUCUGACCUACUACAACAAGGAAAAUGAGUCCAAAGGCCCUAAAGCUUUAAUCUCCAUCAAGGACAUAAAUGCCACUUUCCAACCAGAGAAGAUUGGUCAUCCCAAUGGGCUGCAGAUCACCUACCAAGACGACGAUCACACCAGGAACCUCUAUGUCUAUCACGAGAGUCCUCAGGAAAUAGUGACAUGGUACAAUGCUAUUCGUGCUGCUCGCUAUGCAUACCUGAGGACAGCGUACCCCACUGGAAGGGAUGCAGAACUGAUACCAAAGAUAACAAGAAACUACCUCAAAGAGGGCUACAUGGAAAAGACAGGGCCAUUGCAAAAUGAGCCAUUCAAAAAGAGGUGGUUUGUUUUGGACUCUCAAAACAGGAAGCUCUACUUCAAAGGCCAGCUGGAUGCAGAGGAGUUAGUGGUUUUCAUCGGCACAGAGAAGAAAGGUUACGCUGUGAAGGAGUGUGUCCCAAAGCAUGCUCAGGGAAACAAGUGGAAGUGGGGUGUCAUGGUGGAGACGCCCAAGCGACAGUUUGUCUUCAUGUGCGAGCAGGACAGGGAGCAGAAGGAGUGGCUGGACGCCCUCAAACAGGUCCUGUCCAGACCCAUGUCUCCACUGCACCAUUGAAGCCAACCUCAAGUAUAAAAGAUGAACUACAGACAUGUAUGUGAACAGAAUCUCAGGAGGAAGACUGCAGGGUUUUAAAUCACUUUCAAAUACUGCAGUGAUCUGCUGUACCUGGGCCGUAUCAGCACUGAUUUAUUGCUCUGUAGAACUAGUGUCACUUGUUAUGACCCUGGGUCAUUAUUUCAUUUGUGUGCGGAUAUUUUUCCCUCCUCCUGUGAGAGUCUGUGUGGCUGUGUGUGUGUGAGUGAGCAGGUGGUGCCCGUUAGCU